AUGUCGAUCAGCUUUGAUGAUUCCGGUGAUUCAGGCUUUGAUGAUCGUGAAGAUGAUUUCGGCUUUGACGAUAGCGGUGACUCAGGCUUUGAAGAUGGUGAAGUUGAUUCAGGCUUUGAAGAUGGUGAAGUUGAUUCAGGCUUUGAUGAUGGCGGUGAUUCUUCUGGGAAAUUGAGAGGUUUGGUUCAUAUCAGGGCUAUUGGAAAGCAAAGGCAAAAGGAAAACACCAAGAUGAUAUGA